AUGACGGGUGCAUACAGGGAUGAUGGACAUGAUCAUGGUUAUUCACCACUGGCUGUGUUAUUCGAAGUACAGAUUGAGGCCAAACAAUUACGUUUAUUUCCCGCCAUUCUAAAUCUUGCUAGCAAUGCUCAUAUCAGCACCAAUGCUACUUGUGGUGAAAAGGGGCCUGAGAUGUUUUGUAAGCUUGUGGAGCACGUUCCAGGUCGACCUCUGCGCAAUGCUCAGUGCCGAAUCUGUGACCAGAGCAGUGCCAAUCCCAAAGAACAACACCCUAUCUCAAAUGCUAUAGAUGGAACAAAUAACUGGUGGCAAAGUCCUAGCAUUCAGAAUGGAAGAGAAUACCAUUGGGUAACCCUAACUCUCGAUCUAAGACAGGUCUUUCAAGUUGCCUAUGUCAUCAUCAAAGCUGCUAAUGCUCCCCGACCUGGAAACUGGAUUUUGGAACGUUCUGUGGAUGGCAUUGAAUUCAUGCCCUGGCAGUACUAUGCAAUUAGUGACACAGAGUGUCUUACCAGAUAUAAUGUAACGCCAAGGCUUGGGCCUCCUACAUAUAAGAGGGAUGAUGAAAUGAUCUGUACUUCCUAUUAUUCUAGGCUAGUUCCACUGGAACAUGGAGAGAUUCAUACAUCACUGAUCAAUGGCAGGCCUAGUGCUGAUGAUCCUUCACCAACAUUAUUGGAAUUCACUUCUGCACGAUACAUCCGCCUUCGACUGCAGCGUAUAAGAACCCUGAAUGCUGACCUCAUGACCCUUAGCCACCAUGAUCCCAAAGAUGUUGAUCCUAUUGUUACUAGACGGUAUUACUAUUCAAUAAAGGAUAUCUCUGUUGGAGGAAUGUGCAUUUGCUAUGGCCAUGCUCGAAGUUGUCCUUUGGAUAAAGAGACUAAGAAACUGCAGUGCCAGUGCGAACACAAUACUUGUGGUGAAAAUUGUAAUGAGUGUUGCCCUGGCUACCAUCAGGCUCCAUGGAGACCAGGAACCAUUUCUGCUGGCAACAAAUGUGAAAGAUGUAACUGUCAUAACAAAGCAGAAGAUUGUUAUUAUGAUCAGAAUGUGGCAGACCAGAAAAAAAGUAUGAACAUUUAUGGCCAGUUCAAAGGAGGUGGAGUUUGCAUAAACUGUACCCAGUACACCUCGGGAAUAAACUGUCAGAUCUGUAGUGAUGGAUACUAUAGGCCGCAUAAAGUGUCUCCCUAUGACAAUAAUCCUUGCCUUCCCUGUGGAUGUGAUUUAUUUGGGUCUUCCAUUUUUAACUGUAUUAAAGAUGAUGAUCAUGCUGAUCCACAGCAUGGUGUUCAGCCAGGUCAAUGUCACUGCAAGGAGGGUUACACAGGAGAAAAAUGUGAUCGUUGUACCUUUGGCUAUAGAGGUUAUCCACACUGCAUACGUUGUAACUGUAGCCUGGUUGGCAGCAUUAAUGAUGACCCAUGCACUGAACCUUGUCUUUGUAAAGAAAAUGUAGAAGGUGAAAAUUGUAACCGCUGCAAACCAGGGUUCUACAAUCUCCAAGAAAGAAAUCCCCAUGGUUGUACUGAAUGUUUCUGUUUUGGGGUUUCUGAUGUCUGUGAAAGCCUUCCAUCGCCCAUCAGUCAGGUAUCUUCUAUGGCUGGAUGGCUGGUGACUGCUCCAUAUGUGUCAAGAACCGUACAACCUCAACUAGUCCAGUCUGAUGGUCUCCAUCAAAUACGUAUUAACAACAACGAAGCUGCAAAAAUACUAAAGUCUCCUUAUUACUGGUCUGCACCUGAGUCGUACCUUGGAAAUAAACUCACUUCCUUUGGUGGUUAUUUGAAGUAUACUGUGUUCUAUGACAUUCCUAUGGAUAGUGCAGAUAGUGGCUUGGUGUCCAACGUGGAUGUUAUCAUUCAGGGCAAUGGACAAAUUCUGUCUACAAGAUCAGAAGGGCUUUCCUUGCAACCGUAUGAGGAGUAUUCUAAUUCUGUGCGGCUUGUUUCUGAUAACUUUGUUGAUUUUACUACAAAGAAGUCAAUAGAUCGAGAUGUGCUUAUGACCGUUUUAGCAAAUGUUACCCAUCUUCUGAUCAGGGCCAGUUACAACAUUGCAAAAAAGGCUGUAUACAGGUUAGAUUCUGUUACUUUGGAUACAGCAAAUGCUGAUCUCAUAGACAUGUCUUCAGCUGCAGAUGUGGAAUAUUGUGAAUGUCCUCAAGGCUACUCUGGGCUUUCUUGUGAGUCCUGUCUUUCUGGAUACUAUCGAGUAGGUGGAAUACUCUUUGGAGGGAUUUGCCUGCCUUGUGAUUGCAGCGGCCAUGCAACAGAAUGUGAUAUCCAUGGUGUUUGUUUUGCCUGUGAACACAACACUACUGGCCGCUCUUGUGAUCAGUGUCUGCCUGGGUUCUAUGGAACGCCAUCCAGGGGAACUCCAGAGGACUGCCAGCCAUGUGCCUGCCCUCUGCAAACUGCUACAAACAAUUUCAGUCCUACGUGCCACUUGAAUAAUGGAGGUGAAGUUAUCUGUGAUAAAUGUCUUCCAGAGUAUGUUGGAGACAAAUGUGAAAGAUGCGCAAAUGGGUACUAUGGCGAUCCCCUCGUGCCGGGGCAAUCAUGUCUUCCUUGUGAUUGCAAUGGCAAUAUAGAUUCAAUGGAGGGUGACUACUGCAGUCCGCUCACAGGAGAGUGUCUGAAGUGCAUUGGGAAUACCGGGGGGCCUCACUGUGAAAGGUGUGCUGAUGGGUACUUUGGGGAUGCCGUGACCAACAAAGACUGCCAUGCUUGUGAGUGCCAUGAGAAUGGCUCUGUUUCCAGUAUCUGCCAUCAUGAGACCGGACAUUGCCAAUGCAAAUCAAAUGUGGUGGGACAAAGAUGUCAUAAGUGCUUGCUUGGAUAUUAUGGCCUAAGCACUGGAUUUGGCUGCCUUCCCUGCAACUGCAGCAAAGCUGGCUCAGUUGCUGAAGACUGUAAUGAGGAAGGACAGUGUCGCUGUGUGACCGGAGUGGCCGGGCAGAAGUGCACUCAUUGUGCUCCUGGGUUCUACGCAUUCAAGGAUGGCGGCUGCACAUCUUGUAACUGUGCCCAUACGCAUGAUGCUUGUGACAGAGACACUGGACAAUGCAUUUGCCCCCCUCAUGCCAAAGGAGAAAAAUGUGAACUGUGUGAGGAACACUUCUGGGGUCUUGAUCCAAAGAGUGGAUGCAAGGCCUGCAACUGUAGCAAGAUGGGUUCGGUCCGUCUGCAGUGUGAUCGAGUGACUGGCCAGUGCCAGUGCAAGCAAGGAUUUGGAGGACAGGACUGUGCUGUGUGUGCGCUGGGAUAUAGAGACUAUCCAGACUGCAUUCCUUGUGACUGUGAUGUACGUGGGAGCAAAGCAGGCACAUGUGACCGACAGCAAGGAAUCUGCAGCUGUGAAGAGGAAACUGGCACGUGCGUGUGCAAGGAAAAUGUGCUUGGAAUACACUGCAGUGAAUGCAAAACUGGGACCUUUGCUCUUCAUGCCAGUAACCCUUUGGGAUGCACUCCAUGCUUCUGUUCCGGGAUGUCACAGUUCUGUUCAGAAGCAGAGAACCAUGUGAGAAUUCCGGUGACCCUGGCUCCACAGCAGGCUGGCUUGUAUGUGGUUUCUCACAGUAACCUCACUGGAACCAGUGCAGGCAUAUUCUUCCAGUUUCCUGAUACCUUAAUGGAUGCCACAAAAGUCAGACAACACUUGAAGGCAGAGCCAUAUUACUGGAAGUUACCAGAUCAGUUUCAGGGAAACAAGCUCAUGGCCUAUGGUGGAAAAUUGAAAUAUUCAGCAGCCUUUUAUGCUUUGGAUGGCAUUGGAAGCUCAAAUUUGGAACCCCAAGUCCUGAUGAAAGGGGGUCGUAACAGUAAACAAGUAAUCUGUGUGGACAUCCCUGCACCAGAAAAUAGAGUAAGACAAGACAUAGAAGUAGUAAUGAUGGAGAGUGCCUGGAAAUAUUUCAAUUCCGUUUCUGAUGAAUCUGUUUCACAUUCUGACUUUAUGUCAGUGCUGAGUAAUGUAGAGUACAUUCUUAUAAAGGCAUCAUAUGGUCAAGGAUUACAGCAAAGCAGAAUUUCAAAUGUCUCCAUGGAGAUUGCAAUGAAAGCUGAAGAUGUACUCUUUGGUGGAGAAAAGGCACAUCACAUUGAGGAAUGCCUGUGCCCUACAGGCUAUGCAGGACUUUCAUGUCAGGAUUGUGCACCAGGGUACUAUAGAGAGAAACACAGAGACAAAAACUCACACAAAAUUCCUUCACUAUUCCCUCUUUGUUUGCCGUGCCAGUGCAACAACCACAGUGACUCUUGUGAUCCGGAUACAGGAACGUGUUUGGAAUGCAGAGACAAUACAGCUGGGGAACACUGCAGUGUUUGUGCUCCAGGCUAUUAUGGCAAAGUGACUGGAUCUGUCAAUGAUUGUUCUCUGUGUGCAUGUCCAAGAACGAGCCCUGGGAGCUUUAGUGCCACAUGCAUUAUGAAAGGUGUUAAUGACUUUCUCUGUGAUGCUUGCAUCGCUGGAUAUGAGGGACAAUACUGUGAAAGAUGUUCCCCAAGUUAUUAUGGAGAUCCUAAAGCACCCGGUGGCACCUGUCAGCGGUGUCAGUGCAACCCAAGUGGCUCUGUCCACAGCAACUGCCAUCAUCUCUCUGGGCAAUGUACCUGCAAGCAAGGUGUGACAGGGCAGCUGUGUGAUCAGUGCGAGUCAAGACACAUUCAUGUGGGAAACGAAUGCCUAUCUUGUGAUGAUGACUGCACAGGACUAUUGUUAAAUGAUCUGGAUAAACUUGAUGAAGCCAUGCUUUUAGUAAACCUCACUGGUGGUACCCUAGCACCAUAUGGGAUCCUUUUAGACUUGGAAAAUGUUACAAAACAGUUAAAGGGUUCCUUUUGGGCUAAAGAAGAACCAACAAACUCACUGGAAAACAUGAAUGACCAUCUUGUAACAUUAUCACAUGGUACAGACAAGUUCCACAAAGAGUUAACUAGAAUAGUAGGAAGAGGAGAGCAUCUCAACAAUGCCACAGAAAGAACUUUGGGCAAGAGCCAAGCAUUGUCUAUAUUUAUUGACGCAUUACAGGAAAGUAUAAAAGUACUGGUGGAACUGGCAGCAUCUCUUAAUGAAACAUUAGGCACUGAUUUCCCACUGUCGAACAGAACAUUUCAGGAACUACAAGAGGAGAUUCCAGUCAUGUUGAACAUCAUGAAUGGAAGACAUUUCAAGCAGCUGCACCAAAAUAGCACUAUUGAACUAAAAACUGCAGAAAGAUUAUCUAUGCGAAUCAAGAAAGAGUACUGGCAACCACAGCAAGAAUUUAAAGACUUACAAAAAAAUGUACAAGAAGCCUUAUCAUACCACAGCACCAGACUUCAAGAAGCCAAGGAUGUUGUAAAUGAAGCUACUGCCAAAGCUAAUAAGACCAAACGCCUGCUUUUUCUUAUUAAUAAGAACUUAAAGGAGUUCAAUCAUAACAAGUGGACUAUUCAAGAAGACAAGGAGCUGGCUGUUAGGCUGACCAAAGAAGGAAAAGUUCAGGUGGACGCUGCCACCGCCCUUGCUAAAGAUGUCAUCAACUCCACAUCUAGUCUAGAAGUCUUCCGGGAUGGACUGAUCCUAUGGAAUGGCAAAUUAAGGCACCAUGUGAAUGACCUGGUCAUGCAGCUCUCCGCUCGAAGAGCACUUGAGCUUGUUUACAGGACAGAAGAGCAUGCGGCUGAGUUACAGAGAAUUGGUGAUGUACUGGACAGUGGUCUCUUGAAUGUACGAAAUAUGUCCCUGAAUUCAAGGAAUGCUGUCCAUGUGUACUCUGCCAUUAAAAGUAUGACGGAAAGUGCAGAUGGCCUGGCAAAGGAUGCUUAUAGGAUUAUGGCUGAAGCACUGCAUGGGCCAAAAGAGACCUUUAAUUCUACUGGGAAAAAUGUUCUGCAUUUUGGUUCCAAAUAUUUAACUGACGCAAACAGUUUGCACAAGAAAUAUGAAGGACUUGUGCCUAGAUUAAAUGCAAUGAAGGUAAAAGUGGAAAAUAUUAGAGAAAAGGCUAGUGGAAUUGCUAGACAGUUUCAUGGGUCACUGUCACAGCUGGCUACAUUGCCAAAUAGUACCACUGAGAAUAUAUUUGCAAUAAAAGAACUGGCUGCUAAUGUAACCUCACUUGAUGGUUUAAGACACACUGGCAGCUUUAGCGCCAAGUUACUGAACACCUCAUCUGCAUUGUCUGAGGUUAAUGAGACGUUGCAGAGAACCAAUGAACUUAUAAUCAACUCAUCAGAAGCUGCAGCAGCAGCUGAAAAAAAAGUGAAUGAAAUUGAAAUCCAGGCUGGUAUCUUAUUUGGGAGGCUAAAACCUCUCAAAGUGCUGGAAGAGAACCUGAGCCGGAACAUCUCUGAAAUUAAAGAGCUUAUCAAUCAGGCCCGCAAGCAGGCAGCUUCUAUUAAAGUUGCAGUAUCUGCAGAAAGAGAUUGUAUUCGUGCCUAUCAACCUCAGAUAUUAUCUACUAAUUACAAUACAUUGACAUUAAAUGUGAAAACAACUGAACCUGAUAAUCUCCUAUUCUAUUUGGGUAGCAGUGGUAAAAGUGAUUUCAUGGCAGUGGAGAUGCGUCAUGGUAAGGUGGCCUUCUUGUGGGAUAUGGGCUCUGGAUCAACAAGACUGGAAUAUCCAGACCUUUCUAUAAACAACAAUGAAUGGCAUCGAAUACAUGCUACAAGGUUUGGAAAAACUGGGACCCUUAGUGUGGAGGAGACAAGCUCUUCUCAGAAGCUCCUUACAAGAACUUCCACUUCUCCUGGGACAGCUACAGUACUGGAUGUAAACCAAUCAACUCUAAUGUUUAUUGGUGGACUUGGAGGGCAAAUCAAGAAAUCACCUGCUGUUAAAGUAACGCAUUUUAAGGGAUGCAUGGGGGAAGCAUCCUUGAAUGGCAAAUCUGUUGGACUCUGGAACUAUGUGGAAAGGGAAGGCAAGUGCAGUGGAUGCUAUGGAAGCCUACCUGAUGAAGACACUUCAUUUCACUUUGAUGGCAGUGGAUAUUCAGUAGUGGAGAAGGCACUUCGCUCCACUUUAACACAGAUCAUUGUAUUCUUCAGCACCUUCACACCUAACGGGCUCUUAGUAUACCUGGCUUCUAAUGGCACAAAGGAUUUCUUGUCUGUGGAACUUGUUGAUGGUCAAGUUAAAUUAAUGUUUGAUCUUGGUUCAGGUCCUCUUACUCUAAGAACAGAAAAACGCUACAAUAAUGGAACAUGGUAUAAAAUAUCAUUCAGUCGAAACAAAAAAGAAGGAAUUUUGUCUGUCAUGGAGGCCUAUAACCUUAGUUCUAAAGAAACUAAGCGAGGAGAAUCCCCUGGUGCAGCUUCUGACUUGAAUCGUUCUGAUAAGGAUCCUGUUUACAUUGGGGGGCUACCAAGGUCUCGGGUAAUACGGAAAGGGAUAAAUAGCAGAAGAUAUGUAGGAUGUAUCAAGAACUUGGAAAUAUCCCGUUCCACCUUUGACUUGCUUAAAAACUCAUAUGGUGUGAGGAAAGGCUGCAUCCUAGAGCCUAUACGCACUGCUAGCAUCUUAAGUAAUGGUUACAUUGAGUUGCAGCCUAAGUCCCUUUUACCAGAAUCGGAACUUAUGGCCACCUUUGCUACUAAGAAUGCCAGUGGCAUUAUUCUUGUGGGGUUUAGCAAAGGUGCAGAAAAACGGAGGCGCAGGCAAGCUCAUUUGCCCUUUUUCUCUGUCACGUUGGUCAGCGGUCAUUUGGCAGUGCAUGUUAACGCUGGUGACAGAGCAAGUACAAGAAAGGUUGUGCUCAAGGCCGUUAAUGGAACUUACAGUGAUGGGCAAGAACAUUCUGUCAUCCUGACUCGGAAUAAAAGGAUGAUAAAUAUCCAAGUGGAUGAAGGUAACCCUGCAGGAAUUAGACUAGGCCUUUUGGCCGAAACAAGAUCAUUGAAUAUAUCUAACUUCUUCAUUGGUGGUAUUCCUGCUGGAGAAAGCAUUUUAGGACUAAAUGUGACUGGCUCUUUCCACGGCUGUAUAACCAACUUGAUAUUUAACAAGGAGCUUCUGGAUUUCACCACUGCGGUAAGGUAUGAAGGUGUUGAUAUGGACAGCUGCUUCCUUUGGGAGAAGCCCAAGCUUGCCAUUCACCCAGAAGACCCUGAGCUCUUACUGGAAAAGCAGAUGCCAGCCCUUUCUCUGAGGCCUCUUACAGGAAUUCAAAAGAAACCAUGUGCAGAGGGUGAAAUACUGAAUUAUGUUUCUGAUGCUCAUCAGUUCGGCCUUGCCAGAAGCAGCCACUUGAUGGUGCUUUUUGAUCAGUCUACAGUAAGAAAGAAGCUCUCUGUACAGCUGAACCUCAGAACCUUUGCUUCUAGUGGCCUGAUAUAUUACAUGGCUCAUCAAAAGCAGAUUGAUUAUGCAGCCCUUCAGCUACAAAGGGGAAAACUUUACUUUUUGUUUGAUCUUGGAAAAGGACGAACAACAGUUGUUCAUGAAACAAUAAUCAGUGAUGGAAAAUGGCAUAUGGUGAAGACAGAGUUUGCUAAGAGAAAAGGUGUCAUCAUAGUUGAUGGGCAGGAAUCUGUUUCUGUAAAUGUUCCAGGCGACGGAAACACAUUGGAUGUGGAAGGAAAGCUGUAUUUAGGAGGCCUACCCUUGGUUUUCACAGCCAAGAAUAUUGGAAAUGUUACUCACAGUAUCCCUGCAUGCAUUGGUGGAUUAGUCCUUAACAGCAAGGAGCUGGGUAAAGAAAGCCCAGUUUCAAGCUUUGCUGUGAAUAAAUGCUACACUACAGCUCAGGAAGGAACUUUUUUUGAUGGAACUGGUUUUGCUGCACUUGUUAAAGAGGGCUAUAAAGUCCGAUCUGACAUGAAUGUUACAUUUGAGUUCCGCACCACUGUUGCAAAUGGAAUUUUACUUGGAAUCAGUAGUGCUAAAGUGGAUGCUGUUGGACUGGAGCUUGUAAAUGGCAAGGUUUUAUUCAGUGUCAACAAUGGAGCUGGUAGAAUAACAGCUACUUAUGAACCAAAAGGCAUGGCUAGCCUUUGUGAUGGACAGUGGCACAAACUUCAGGCAAACAAAAGCAAGCAUCAUAUUGCUGUGAUAGUCGAUGGGAAUUUGGUUCAGACUCAUAAUCCACAUCUGCAGUCAACCUCAGCAGAUACGAACAAUCCAAUAUAUGUUGGAGGUUAUCCUGCUGAUGUAAAACAAAAUUGCUUGACCAGUAAGAGCUCAUUCCGAGGGUGUUUGAGAAAUCUCAUGCUGAUUAAGGGCCAGCAAGCAGAAUCAUUUGACUUCAGCGAAGCCUUUGACCUGCGUGGAGUUUUUCCACAUUCCUGCCCUGGGGCUGAGCACUAAAUGUCAGGGAAAACUCUCUAUUUUAAAAAUCUUUGUUUAUUGUUAAUGAAAGAGAAAUGGUUUUAAUGAUAAUCCUGAUCUCAGCGAUCUCUUUGUAUUUUCCAGCUCAGGACAAAUAUGUUUAGCUGGAACUUUUGUGGUUCCAUUUUUACUUUUUAAAGCCUCUUUGUACAACAGAUACCUCUACUAAAGCAUUAACAACAUUAACUGAGUACUUAAAAAGAGAAUCUGGUGAUUUUUUAAAUCAGUGUUUAUCAUGUAUCUUCUGAUUACUUGACAGUAUUUCAUUUGUGUAUAUGGGUCUUUUUAUACUAAAGCUGUAAGAUGGGGUCCAUACAAUAAAAGCAUUCUUCCAUUUUAGAUGUGUGUUGUAACUGGAAUUGCAAUUCAGAAAAUGUUCAGUUCAAGACAAAAUACAGAGGAGUUCAGUGGGAUGUUAGUCUUAAACAGGAUCUGCCUGCAGCAAAUCACAGUUAACUACUGUUGAGAUAGUCACAUGGAUAAUGCUGCAAUAUACAAAAGUGUCAGUAGUGGAAGAUGGGCGUUCCACUUCAUCCCUGAAGAACUGAGGUUGCAGAACUGAAGGCAGGGCAUGUGCUUUGUGUACAUUGUCUAUGCAGUGAUGUUCUCUCUUCAUAUUGUAGCAAAAGUACAAAAGGUACGGUACUGCAGUUAUUGAUGUUCCUGUGCACUUCCACAUCUGCUUGCACGUGAUGCUGAGAAAAACUUGAACUAUACAAUCAGCUCAAUCUAGGCAUAGGACAGCUCUUGUGAAGCUCAGCCAGCUCACAUGGUUGCAGGGUGAAGAGUUCCAUGUUUCAGUGCACUUCCAAAGCAUGUUCGGCAAGCAGAAAGCUAUAGCAUCAGGGAGAAGGCAGUUCACUGUUUGUGGGGACAACUUUUUAACCACUAGACAAUUCUAUUUUUCCUCUUUUUGUUUUGUAAAUGUUUAAGGCAGGUAGAAGACAGUGUCUUUUAAAAAUUGAGGCUCUCAUAUCUCAUGUGGUACGUUUUCAGAGUGUUUGAUUCGCAGACCAUGUAUGGCCAAAAGUCAUUAAGCCACAAUGUGAAACAGACCAGAAAAAGCACAGACUGGUGUACAUUCCUUCAUUAUUGCUUGGCUUUAUAAAUGCAAUUCCUGGAGUUAAAUUAAUCAGUCAACCAAAACUUUUUAAAAUGGGGCCUGUCCUCACGGUUUCUCCAUUUUGGCACAAGUAUCUGAAGCAGCUGGUAUGCAAUCAGAGGCUUCCUAAAGGCAGAUCUAAUCCCAAUAUCUUUAAGUGACCGAAUUUAUUUUGUAGUCACACAUGUACUGCAAAACAACUUUCUUUCUUUAACCUCCACCCUUUUAUGGUGUAGAGGGUCAUUUUUGGAUGUUCUGGUAUAUAUUGGUUUUGCUUACUGUAAGCUGCAACAAACCAUUAAGUUUGUCAAGCUUGCUGUUACAUUGCUUUACACCCAUAAGUUUUUGACCAAUCCAAUACACAAACCAAUUCAGCUGGAAUGCUUUCAUUCAUGUUCUCUUUCAGAUUUAGGUCUGCAGAACACAUGGCUUGCCAAAUAUCAUUGGACUUCCCCAACCACUCAUUCUACUGGCUAGGGCAGAUGGUCAUUGCAGUCCGGCAACUAGAAGUCUACAUAUUCAUUACAAGAUUAAUCUAAAUACUGAAGAGUAACUGGCUCUAUGGCAGCUCAUAUCAGAUUUUAUUUAACAAAUACAUCUACUGUGGUGUUAAGAUACUCAUUUUCAGCAACUGCGGCCUUUAAUGCAGGAAACAUGGAAAAAUGUAAGAGAUUUAGUUGAUACCACUUAAAUUUCAUUCUGUAUUAAAUACAUAAUAUUCUUUCUAGUAGGAUUGCUGCUACUUUAGUAGGGAUGCCAGUAAUCAACCAUUCCAGACAGAUGGACAACAGAAACACUAAAAGGUUUCAUUUCAGUUAAGUGUUGGUCCUGCUCUGGUAUUAUUUUUUUUAAGGGAUAUACCCUCAUUUACUUCCAGCUGUAUUUAAUACGAACAGAAAUAAAUGUGCUUAGGUUCCUGUUUUUUGAUCUGUUAUACAGACAUGAUUAACUUGGGAUAAUUUCCAGAUUCAGUGGGUGGGUGGAAACAGGCACAAACUCGGGCAUGGUAGUCAUCAUUGUGUAAUUGGGUGUGAUGCCUGCGUAGUGGAAAAGUGGUCAUCCAAAUACUGGGACAGAGCUCAGGUAGGUUGUAAAAUAUCAAAAAUGAUGUAUUUUAUAAAAAUCUAUGCCUUCUCUCAAAAUGGUUAGAUGAUGGGAGUUUCCUAUGCACCUUGCCUUCAGGCUAACAGCUAAUGCUGCAGCUUGCUGGCAGAUAUGUAGGUGCAGACUCAUUAGCUGCUCAUGCUGAGCUAAAGCAGCUUUCAGCUUGCUUCCCUUCAGCUUGAGGCCUAAUGGAAGGGGGAAAUUGAGCCCUGGAGAUCAACACUGGGGUUCAUUAGCAUGGCUUAUGUAUAGCUUUAUCAUGGUAGUUCAAAGGGGUACAAAACAAAAAAGUUAGCUUCAUUAGCUUAAAAUGUUUCUCAAGUGGUGAAGGAACUGCUGUUUGCUGCUUAAAAGUAAGGGACAGGGAACUGACAAAUGAGCUCCUGAAUCAUCUGUUGAUGCCAGUGCCCUGAUAGAGUGAGAACAGGAUUUCCAAUGCAGUUAAAGGUAGGAAGAAAAUCUGUCCCCUUACCAGAACAAAAGAAUUCUGGAAUAUAGAAAACUGCAUGCCUCCAGCAGUCUUUCUCCUGCAUCUUAGUCUGAAACCAGUGAGAAAUAAUGAGGAAAUUGCCCCAGUUAAUCUUCUAAAAGACUUUUUUAAAAGGUGAGAUGUAUCCAUGGUCACUAUGGUGUACUGAGAUUGAAAGUAUUAGAACUUCAAAGGAAAAUAUGUGGACAUGUACAGAAAAGAAACUGCUGGCACUUAAGUUGAGAAUAGUGGCAACUGUUAGGAAAGUAGGAAACAUUUUGUAAAAAUCUGCAUUUCCUACUCACUUACCUUGUAGAUUUGUGAGAAAAAAAGACAGUUGUAGAAUGAAUCAGAUGGAGAAAGAUCUCCAGUGUAAAAACAAUAACUUGUGAGAUCACAACACACAACCACUGAAGACAUGAUGCACUGGGGAGGAUGGAAAGUUACUGGAGGGGGAAAUGAUUUUCUUUGCUGCCCUUCUUUCCUGUGACAUAUCAUACAUUUAUACUUGCAAAUAAAAAACUCCAAUCAUUUGGAAUGAAGAAACCAGGAAGCAGAAGUUAGAUUAGAAACCAUGCCAGCAGAAGAGGUACCAUGUGAGAAUAGUUCUUAGUGCUGCAUGCACAAUUUCAGACUGGAUUCGGACUACAUGGGCAGAAGGGAAGCUCUGUUAAUGCCAAUAAUCUGUAGAAGGGAUAUGGCUGAUGAAGUCCAUCCCAUAAUAAAAAGAUGACAAUACGUGGAC